AUGUCAAAAUUAUUAUAUUUAACUUUUUUCUUUCUUUUGUUCAAUAUAAUCCAAGCAAGCACUUUGCCGAGAAUUCGGCCUGGCCUUCUUGCGGAAAAUGUUCACAAAAUCGAUCCAGAAGAAAGAGUUGUCGCUGUGAUCCAAAAUGUGAGCAUUGAUCUUUGCAAACAAGAUUUUGCCGAUUUACAUGCUGACAUGACAACUUCUCAAGAUCAAGCCAUCGUCUACACACUCAACUCUGCAUCUUGCAACAAAACUUUCACCUUUUACUAUCUCCAAACAUUGCAAGGAUACAAAGUUGAGGCGUUUCAAGGAGCACUUGACACUGGAAAAGCGAUAAAUAUCAUUGGAACCGGUAUCACCGACCCUCCGCAAUCUUUUUCCUAUCCAAUGGGAGUGAUCUAUGUGAGGAUCACAAGACAAGCGGGUGGUGGCAGCUAUCAUCAACUUGUUGCCUCAAGAAGCGACUAUAUAGUGGGGUUCAAUUUCCAAAAGGAACUGAACAACCCUACAUUUUCUACCAGCCAGCCAACACAACUGAGGGAAACAAUGGGAUUAGACUCACCUACUCUGGCGAUUAUUGAAUCGACUAGAGUCUAUGGCGGAAGCACAUCGAUUUGUGGUCGAACUGUGUACCGAGAUGCGCAACCGGCUUUCGUUUAUGGCCGCUUUUUGACGGUGGCCCCGGGGAAAGCAGAUAAUUGCACGAUCAUUUAUGGAUACAAUAGACAAUCCAACACCACAAUUUAUGUGAACCCGCAAACGUCAGGCGUUGUCACCUCAUCAGCCUACUCAACCACCACUCAGCCACUUCAAAAUUCAACUCACCAUGUGGACUUCAGUUUUGUGAGGAACAGUGGCACUGACAAAAUCUACUUUCAACUCUUCACCUCGAUCUCUGGCAAUUCUCAGUUAAUCGUCACGGAAAUGUCUAGCGGAAAGCCACAAAUCUUUGCCGCCACAGACAACUUGUGCAGCUUCUCAAGCACUGACACAAGUAUUCAAGUGACAUACCAGUGGAGUUGUGGAUUGCCUCCAUGUGAAGAUGGCUUGAUUCUUAAAUGGUCAACGGAAAAUCCGGACACUGAUGCCGGGAAUUCGAUCUCAUUCUUCUUUCACUUAUCACUUAUCAUCUUUCUUGUAAACAUUUUCAAA